UUUUUCCGGAAAAGAAUGAUAUAAAACAUCUGUUGGAGACUGCACAAUUAGGAAGAUUUUUCGGAGGCAGCUACACAUAAGAACAAAAAAACCUUGGUCUUCUCGAGUGCAUUGCACAAAUGGAGUCUGAGGGAGAUGAAGCCUCCCAUCAACAUCCAAAGAGGAACAAACCGACUAGCAGUGCUCCGUUUUCUUCUACUUCAGUUCAAGAUUCGAGCUCUGAAUUUCCUGUUUUGCAGCAGAUCUAAUCAGUGAAAUCCUCUUCAAGCUGCCGGUAAAAUCACACCUGAAAUUUAAAUCUGUUUCAAAAUCUUGGCUUGGUUUAAUCUCUAGCCCUAAAUUUGUCAAGUCUCAUAUCAACAUAUCUAGUGAUAACAAGUACUACACCCGCCAUAGGUUUAUGUUGGGGUUUGAUCCACCUAAAUAUCAAAAAGGAUUGUUCCAUUAGUUCUUUACUUUAUGAUCAUGUUACUAAGGCAAUUGACUUCGAUUUUCCUCCGAAUAAAUCCAACAAAUCAUCUAUUAAGGCUGUGGGAUCUGCCAAUGGGUUGAUUUGUGUUGUCCUUGGUUAUAGCGAUUUGUUUCUUUGGAACCCAUCAAUUAGGAAGUUCAAGAAAUUGCCUUCUCCUAGAAUUGUUUUCCUUUAUAUGUAUGGUUUUGGAUAUGAUGAACUUAAUGAUGAUUAUAAGGUAGUGUGUCUUACCCAAAAAGUGUAUGACGACGAUUCACGUUAUAAUGUGGACAAAAUAUAUAGUCUGAAAAAUAAUUCCUGGAAACGUUUGGACGAAUUUCGGAUUGGGAAGCUAUCCAAUCAGACGGGUAUGUUUGUGAAUGGGAAACUUCAUUGGGAAAAUACUACUAAGCAUUUUGGUUGUUAUAGUGAUUGGGACGUCAUUUUUAUUGACUUGGCUGAUGGGAGAUGGGGGGAAAUGGAGAAACCUUUCUAUUCAGAAGGAAAACUUAGGUUUGAGCCAUGCCUUGGUGUAUUGGAAAAUGAUCUUUCUAUGUUGUGUCAUCAUCUUGGCAGUCACGCAGAUGUGUGGGUUAUGAAAGAAUAUGGGGUAAAAGAAUCAUGGACAAAGAUGUUUAUCAUCAAGUAUCCUUAUGAUAAUAUGGGGUAUAGUGUAUUUGGUCCACCCUUUUGCAUGUCAAGUGAAGGUGAAAUUUUGUUUAGGAAUGAUUCAGUUUUCAUGAUUUACAAUCCGAAUGAUGACUCGAUCAGAUUUCCGAAGGUUAGCAACUUUGGUCCACUUGUUGAGGCAACGCUCUACGUUGAAAGCCUAGUUUGGCUCUUUGUUGCAAAUGGUACCACGAAUGCAACAACAUCAAAGGACACAAAAUUUACAGAUGAAGACAUUCGUGUGAUCAAUAAAUAGUAAGCGUUCUCUAUUCAUUUUUAUCAAGAGCUAUUUAAUUUAUUUUUUUUCUCAUUUAUAAAACAA